AUGAAUUCAGGUAUCUGUGAGGGUGAUGAAGUUAUAUCAAUUGAUGGACAUGAAGAUGUGCCUGUAAAUGAUGAAGAUGCUUUAAUGAAAGCAGUUGCAAACCAGGCUGUAUCUGUUGCCAUUGAUGCUGGAGGUUCUGAUUUCCAGUUUUAUUCACAGGGAGUUUUUACCGGAAAGUGUGGAACGGAGUUGAAUCAUGGUGUAGCAGUGGUCGGCUAUGAUGCAAUUGAAGCUGGACUCAAGUACUGGAUAGCGAAGAACUCGUGGGUAGGCGAAUGGGGUGAGAAUGGAUACAUACGAAUGCAACGUGGCGUUCCUGAUAAGAAUGGGCUCUAUGGCAUAGCAAUGGAAGCUUCUUAUCCUGUUAAGAGCUCUCAUACAAACCCUUAUGGAUCACCAUUGAUCAAGGAUGAACUCUAG